AUGCAUUUUUAUUCAAGAACAACAUUUGAAAUCUUACCAGAUGAAAUGAUCUUAGAAAUCUGUCAAUAUCUUCAUUGUAGUCAUGUUCUAUAUUCAUUAUUUGAUUUAAAUAUUCGUUUAAAUCAAACAAUAACAUUUUAUUGUCGACAUGUAUGGUUUCGUCGAGCAUCGUAUAAACAAUUACUUUAUAUAUAUCAAUAUGUUUUACCUCGAAUAGGCUCAUCCGUUCUUUCUCUAACAUUACAUCCAUUACAUCAAGCAUCAUUUCCAUCUUCAUUUAAACAUCAAAUAUCAAAUAUAUUUCCAAAUUUAAUAAAUUUAACUCUAACAAGUUGGACAAGUGAAAAUUUAUUAUCAUUCAUAAUUGAUACUUUACACGAAAUGAAAUAUCUACAAAAACUUAUUAUUCAAGAAUUAUCAUGUUCAUCAUCAAUACGAAAUAUAGAUUUUAUUGAAAAAAUUUUUAAUAUAAAAACUAAUUUCUUAACUGAUAUUACAUUUGAUUAUGAUUGUGAUUCAUUUGAUUUCAUAAAUCAUUCUAUAAAUAAUAUUAUAUCUCAUAAUAUUCUUUCGUUAACUAUUCAACUUGAUACAUUAAUGGAUUUAUCAAUCCUUAUUAAUUUUAUACCAAAUAUACAUCGACUUGAUGUAUCAUUUAAAAAUUCAUCAUUAAGAAAAGUAUGUUUUAAUAUUAUACUUCCAUUUCUAAAAGAAUUUUCUGUAUGGGCUGUUCGUUGGUAUUCACAGUUAGUUGAUCUUAAAUCAUUACUUCAAAUCGUACCUUUAAUUGAAACAUUUUCUUUGACAAUAUCUACUCGUGAUUUUAAUUUAAUUAAUGGUACAAAACUUCUUUCUAUACUUCCUUCACAAUUAAAACAGUUUAAUUAUACUGUUUGUUAUUAUCCAUCUAAAAAUUAUGAUUAUUCUAACAUAAAUAUGAUUAAAACAUCAUGGAAAUCUAUUCCUGUUAUAUAUUCAAUCAGUGAUAUUGAUAAACGAAUAUUUCUUCAUACAUUACCAUAUUCUUCAUCUCGUUUAACAAUAAGAUCGAGUUUAGCUAAAAAUAUGCCUAAUAAAGAUAUGCAUUCAAUUUAUUCAAAAAUUGAUCAAAUUCAAGUAUAUAUGAUGAUGAAUCUUUCGGAUACAUUUCCUAUUAUAGGACAAUGUCGUCGUGUACGUGAACUAACUCUUUUGACAGAAAAUGAAUCCAAAAUAUCAAAUUCACAAUUUACAUCUUCAGCUAAUAACAAUAAACCACCUGUAAAACUUCCAUAUCUUGGCCGUCUUGAACUUCUAACAAUUGAAGGUAUUCCAUCUGGUUUACAACAUCUAAAAGAAUUACUUCUUGCUGCACCAAAUUUAUGUGUAUUAGUCAUUGAUUUAGAUUGUUUACUUACAUUACUUGAAAAUAAAGAUGAACCACUUAUUUUAUAUGUUCUUCUUCAUCGACAUAUACUUGAUCUUUGUGUUCGUAUUCCAGAUAAUAAUAACAAUGAACAAACAAAAAAAUCAAAAUUAACUAUUGAAAAAAUUCAUUUUAUUGCACGAAUAUUUACUCGUGUCAGAAAUUUAACAAUAGAUUAUGAAACAUCAGAAGAAUAUAUUGAAUUAAAUAUAAUAAAAUCUAUCAUAAAUGAGUUUAAACAACUUGUUAUAUUUCAUAUCUAUGGUAAAAUUCCAAAUGAUAUGAUGGAGAAUGAUAUUCGACAAUGGGUGAUUAAACAAAGUUCAUUUCGUAUAAAAUCUCUAGACAUAUUUCGAGUAGAAUGUAGUAAUGAAUGGUUUAAAUUAUGGUUAUAA